AUUAUGUUAAAAAGUUCAUCCAAUUUGUAUUUAAUUUCUUAAAUUCAUAAUAUUUAGCUGAGUUUAAUUGCAGAACCACUAUUAAAUUCGUUUAACUCUAGUGUGUCUACAUCAAGUUAUGAUGAAAUGUACCGUACAACUCUUCAAUGGGUAGAACAACACUGUACACUGGGUGAUCUCAGACCAAUUGCUUUGAACGCAUUGCGAAAUCUGUGCACUUCCACAGAAAUACUGUCAGAUCCUAGUAAUCUGCCUGAAGAAAUAAAUAACAUCAUUCAAAAAAGUCAAACGAAACAUCAAUCACAAGGAAACCGAAAUUAAAAGUAAAUAAUAUAAUCAUUAAAAUUGUAUGUGCCAUUUUUAUUUCUUUAAUUAUUAUAUAAUUGUUUA